AUGGCGCGGCUGCGCAUCACCAAGGACCCAAAGGUUGCUGAUGAUGACGAUUUCGUCCCCAAGCGUAGCGCCCGUUUAGCUGCUAAGAGCCAGUUCAGAGCAUCGAAGCUGGACGCCCAGGCAAGAAAGGUGCUCAUGAAAAAGCUCGGGCUUGAGGUCAAGACGGCGAAGCCUGAUGAGGUGACCUUUCAGGAGUUUCAGUAG